GUUGGUUGCGCGGGCGCCGGGGAAGGAGACGCUGCCCUUCCGCAGCUAUGGGAGCCCAGUGCUGUGGAGGGACUUCCUGGUAUGUGCAUCCCUGUCUUACCUGGGCAUUGACGGUAUCCGGGACCCAGCCAGCAACCAGUUGAAGACCUUCUCCUGGGAAGCUCUUCCCCGCAAGAGCUCUGGCCUGGGGCGCUGGUCCUGCCAUGGCAUUCCGGAGGACUGAGGGCAUGUCCAUGAUCCAGGCCCUGGCCAUGACGGUAGCCGAGAUCCCCGUGUUCCUGUACACGACGUUUGGGCAGUCUGCGUUCUCACAGCUGCGGCUGACACCAGGCCUGCGGAAGGUCCUCUUUGCGACGGCCUUGGGGACCGUGGCCUUGGCCCUGGCCGCCCACCAGCUGAAGAGGCGCCGACGGAGAAAGAAGCAGGUGGGCCCUGACAUGGGAGGUGAGCACCUGGGCACUGUGCCCCUCCCUGUCCUCAUGGCCAGGAAGGUCCCGUCAGUGAAGAAAGGCUACUCUGGCCGGCGGGUGCAGAGCCCCAGCAGCAAGAGCAACGACACUCUGAGCGGCAUCUCCUCCAUCGAGCCCAGCAAGCUCUCGGGCUCCUCCCACAGCCUGGCCUCGAUGGUGGCAGUGAACUCAUCCAGCCCCACGGCUGCGUGCUCUGGACCGUGGGACGCCAGAGGGAUAGAGGAGUCUGUGACUACCAGCGAUGGCCACGCCGAAAGCCUCUACAUGCAAGGCAUGGAGCUGUUUGAGGAGGCUUUGCAAAAGUGGGAGCAGGCGCUGAGCGUGGGGCAGCGGGGGGACAGCUGCAGCACCCCCACACCUGGGGACAGCCUCCGCAACCCGGAGACUGCUUCAGAUGCACUGUCUGAGCCAGACUCACAGCGGAGGGAGUUUGCGGAGAAGUUGGAGACGCUGCUGCACCGGGCCUACCACCUGCAGGAGGAGUUUGGGUCCACCUUCCCCUCCGACAGCAUGCUGCUGGACCUCGAACGGACCCUCAUGCUGCCCCUGACAGAAGGCUCGCUGCGCCUCCGGGCAGACGAUGAGGACAGUCUGACCUCGGAGGAUUCCUUCUUCUCUGCCACCGAGCUCUUUGAGUCCCUGCAGGUGGGAGAUUACCCCCUCCCCCUCUCCAGGCCUGCCGCUGCCUACGAAGAGGCCUUGCAGCUGGUGAAGGAGGGGAGAGUGCUGUGCCGGACCCCCAGGACAGAGCUGCUGGGCUGCUACAAUGACCAGGACUUCCUGGCCAAGUUGCACUGUGUGCGGCAGGCCUUCGAGGGCCUUCUGGAAGACAAGAGCAACCAGCUGUUCUUCGGGGAGGUCGGCCGGCAGAUGGUGACAGGCCUGAUGACCAAGGCUGAGAAGAGCCCCAAAGGCUUCCUGGAGAGCUACGAGGAGAUGCUGAGCUAUGCGCUGCGGCCUGAGACCUGGGCUACCACUCGGCUGGAGCUGGAGGGCCGCGGGGUAGUGUGUAUGAGCUUCUUUGACAUCGUGCUGGACUUCAUCCUCAUGGACGCCUUCGAGGACCUGGAGAACCCACCGUCCUCGGUGCUCGCUGUCCUGAGGAAUCGCUGGCUAUCCGACAGCUUCAAGGAGACGGCCCUGGCCACAGCUUGCUGGUCGGUGUUGAAAGCUAAGAGGAGGCUGCUGAUGGUGCCCGACGGCUUCAUCUCCCACUUCUACUCCGUAUCGGAGCAUGUUAGCCCUGUCCUGGCCUUCGGCUUCCUCGGACCCAAGCCCCAGCUCGCAGAAGUCUGUGCUUUCUUCAAGCACCAGAUCGUGCAGUACCUGAGGGACAUGUUCGACCUGGACAACGUGCGCUACACGUCUGUGCCCGCACUGGCGGAGGACAUCCUGCAGCUGUCCCGGCGCCGCAGCGACAUCCUCCUCGGCUACCUGGGGGCGCCGGCCGCCAGCAGCGUGGGCUUGAACGGAGCGCUGCCCCGAGAGAACGGGCCCCUGGAGGAGCUGCAGUAGUGGCCGCGCGCGUGCUCCGGGCGGCCCGCUGCUGGGCCGCGCUCCCGUGGCUGAGCGCAGAGAGAAGGCCGCCUCCUCCCGCCUUUGGGUUGGCAUCCAAGGGCCUGGGUGUCCCGGCCGUCAGCAGUGGCAGAGCCCAGACCAUGGUGGCCGCAGGCCGUUGCCUCAGACCUUGCCCCCUCUAUCAUCUGGGAAUGCGUGGAGCCCCUGGGGGCCCACCUGGCUGCCCUUAGCUGUCCCCGGGGAAGUGGAGCCUGGACCAGUGACCUGAGGGUGAGGAAGGGGAGAGGGAGAGGGAGAAGAAGCGAGCUGGGGACGAUAUUGGGAGGAGACUUGAGGCAGGUAAGGUGGACGCCCCGGCUGUGGGACCCCAAAACCUCCCACCAGCCCAGGGCUGCUGAGAAGCGGGGCUGGGAGGAUGGAGGGGGAAGGUGGGGGUGAGCAGGAUGCCAAUGAGGUCCCAGGUACCCUGAGCUAGAAAGGAUCCAGGCAUCUGACUGCCAGUCCUGUACCCCCUAAGUCCCCCCAUAGGGUUUUGGACUCCAGGGGGUUCUGAAGGUGAGGCUAGUGAGCGACUCAGUAGAUGGCAGGCCUGGACCGUCCGGAGGUAGGACAGGUGGACCUGCUUGUCCCCGUCGGGCAGGGACUGUGUCUCUGACACCCCCAAGCCCCACUCCUGGACACUGCCCGCUCACCUUCCCUCGCCCACAGACGAUCACGUCCCUUCCCAGCUCGGCCACCACCAAAGCCGGAGGAGGUGGGGCUGGUCUCCUGCCCCUACCCCUCCCUCUGUGAGUCCGGAACUCCCUGGGUGGUGCUAGGCGCCGGCCUGGGUCUCUGGCCAGGGUCAGGCCUGUCACCUGUGCUGCCUGAGUGAGGGGACCCAGAGGCCAUGUGGGGGAGGUCAGAGGAUGGACGGGCUGGCCUGGCUGCGCCCUGUGAGGACAAGGCCCUUGGGCACAGAUGCUCCCGGGCCAGCCUCCCGGCGUUUGUCCCCAUGCGGCCGGCUUCCUGUCAGCCCGGGACGCGCGUCUCACAGUGUUUCACCUGAGGUGGGAUGUUUUAUUUAUUGCCUUAACACUUUAUUUUGAGGUUCUGUCCCUUUCCAGUCUGAGAGGCCUACAGGAGAAGCAGGCGCUCUGCUCUGGGGGAGGAUGUCCCUUCCUCAGGGCAGGCGAGGGGAGGGGCUGGGCUGGGCGAGUGAGCCUGCUCCCCCCGCCAGGCUGGGGAGCCUGAGCCCUAACUCUGAGGCUCGGCUGGGCUCCAACCCCCUCUCCGAGGUCCAUGCCCAGGAGGGAGCAGCCCCUCCACCCCCCACAUUCCGUUCAUUUGCACUUAACCCUCGCUGUGAAUGUAGCCCCGGGCCUGGCCCGCUGAUCUACCCCAGCCCCACACAAGCAGCAUUUCCUUUUUGUCUUUGUUUACACGUCCGUGCGCUGCCUGGGCACGCGCUGCAGCUUCCAACUCCUGUCUGGUAGAGCGUGUACACAUCGACUGAGUCCAAUAAAUGACUGAAAUGCUCGCCGUCCCCGUCCCGCGCUGGCACGCCGCUCUUUGAGGUGUGGUUGGUAGGGGUUCCAGGGGGGCAAAGGUCAAGGGCAGGGAACGCUGUGAGCACACUUGGGGCCUGGCUGGGUCCACAAGUCCUCCUGGGCUGGGGGUAUGGAUGUUUUGGGGAAAAAACAUACUCUGGGCAGGGAGUAACCAAGAGAACAAGUGGGUACAGGUUUUAUUAUUAUCACACUAGCGGGCACCAGAUAGGAGAGUUCUCUCCUGGAAAGAUCUGGGCUCUGAACAUGCACAAAGGUUUCCUAUACUCGGUUAUUUUAAGUGUAGGUUACAUUGGUAGCUUAUGUUUUGGGUAGACAAGGUCAUUCUGACAGAUGAGCAAUAGGAGGGGUUGGACAAAGGGGAGGGGGUAGGGCUCACAGCAGAUGAGUUGGCUUACUCUGCCGGCCCCUCCUCUUGGAAUGAAGCCUUGUGAAUGUAAAGACCAGCCUUGAAUCCAUCAGACAAAAGGAGAAUUUGCAAGUGAGAAAGAAAAGCAAACUUGCUUAUUGCCCCUGGGUUGGGAUGUCUAUCCGGUAGGACUUUUACUGCAGUCAUUUGCUUAUUGGCUUUCCUUUUCAUGGGACUGUGGCCAGUGCCGUCCCCAAGGGCACCGAUUCGGUGGGCAAGCCGCCUGGGAGAACCUGCAGCUCAGGCAGUACCUAGGUGAGGUCCUCUCUGGGCCUCAGUGUCCACACCUGUAAGAUGCUUAUGCAGAUCAAGCCACUGAUCACCUGGGCCGGUGAGGGGCUGGGGCAGCUGGGAACAAACUGGCUAGCCAGAUCUCCAGAUGUUUUCGUGGGCACUUGGACCUCAAAAGGCUUAUUGGGAAGGGAGUAAAAAAAAAAAG